AUGGACACACCUAUUGGACUUGAUGGGACAAUAGGAUCAGAUUUUUCGCUAGAUAAUCACGAUGAUCUAACACAGUUCAGUCAGUUGGAGUCCUUGGGAGAUUCAGAACAAGGAUCAACAACGGUGCAAUUACCAGACCCAGCUCUGCUGCUGGUACCUUCCGAGGACAAAGAAGAAGAGCCUGCUUCAAACCAAGUCAAGAAGGAGGAGGGCCAAACGAACGAUUUAGGUCAUCAAGAACAGUCAGGUGGAUACAGCAAGCCAGAGAGUCCCCAUACAGAAUUACUUGAGAAGAUGGAUAUCGAUAUGCCAGAUGCUUCUCAAUCUGCAACUGAACUCGAACCACCAUUCAAAGCAGCACCAGAAGCUGCAACUAAUGAUGUGGCAAUCGCUAGCACAGCUACAAAUACCGACAACCAAGAUGAUCCGCUUGCCAAAAUAAAACAAAUUCAAUUACUCCCCGAACUAUACAACAUUUUAUUUGAUUUCACCAAUGGUAAAAUCCAUCCUCGUGAUUUUGAUAAACAUAUUGGUAAUCUACGAUCGAAAUUGGAUAAUUUGAAGCUGUAUAUCCUGGAAAUUGAUGGGAUUGACGUUACCCCCGAGAUAAUGAUGAAUGAAAUUAAUCGCUUAAAGGAGAAUAAUGUGAAGAAGCAAACUUUGUUGAAUUCGUUUAGAAACAAGAUUAAGAAUGAUUUUGUAUAG